AUGACUCCCAAAGACGGUGCCCGCUUCGACUUUGUCAUUGUCGGUGGCGGUACCGCUGGCAAUAUCGUUGCCAGUCGCCUUGCAGAGAACCCGAACGUUACUGUUUUGGUUGUUGAAGCUGGCGUGGGUAACUCUCAUGCCAUCGAUGAGAUUACGACUCCUGCUGAAGCGAUGUCCCUUCGCAGUAGCAAGUACGACUGGGCCUAUAAAACUACGAUGGUCAAACGUGACGACUACGAGCGUAUUGAAAAGCCGAAUACACGCGGCAAGGCUCUCGGUGGUAGCUCAUCAUUGAAUUAUUUUACCUGGGUUCCCGGUUGUAAGCCCACAUUCGAUAUGUGGGAAGCCUACGGAGGCAAGGAAUGGACAUGGGAUCACCUUGUUCACUAUCUUCGGAAGCCUGCAACAUACCAUGACGAUGAAAAGAAGUACCCAAAAGAGCUCACGAAAAUUGGCCUUGGCGGCCCUAUUCCAAUUGCUCACUCGGCGUUAAUUCCGGAGAUGCAACCAUUUCGUGAUUUGCUUACAAAAGCAUGGAAGUCGACCGGCCAGCCGAUUACAGAGAACGUAUUUGACGGCGAAUUAAAUGGCCUAACCCAUAGCGUGAAUACAAUUUAUAAGGGUCAGCGAUCUGGAAGUUUUUUGGCUCUUCAAGAUAAACCAAACGUCACGAUUCUUGCGGAGGCUCAUGCGAAGUGUCUGAUCAUCGAUGAUGCCGAUCGCUCCUGCAAAGGUGUCACUGCGAUCACUCCUAAAGGAGAACUAAACUUCUACGCGACAAGAGAAGUUAUUGUCUCUGAGGGAGUGUUUGAGACCCCUAAACUAUUGAUGCUUAGUGGAAUCGGUCCUAAGGAGGAAUUAAAUAAACACGGUAUUCGCACGAUUGUCGACUCUCGUCAUGUUGGUCAGCACUUGCUUGACCACCCAGGUGUGCCCUUCGUUCUGCGAGUGAAAGAUGGGUUCGGCAUGGACGACCAUGUCCUUCGCAAAGGCCCUAAGCAUGAUCAGGCUGUUGCGGCCUACAAGAAAAAUCAUGGUGGGCCAAUGGGAUCUGGAUUCCUAGAAAUGGUUGGUUUCCCUAGAAUCGACAAGUAUCUAGAGAAAGUGCCAGAGUAUAAAAAAGCAAAGGCUGCUAAUGGCGGCGUGGAUCCUUUCUCCCCCUAUGGUCAACCGCACUUUGAGCUCGACUUUGUCUGCUUAUUCGGUAGUGCUUUCCAAUGGCACUACCCGACUCCUAAGAAGGGCGACUAUAUGACCGUGAUGGUUGAUCUUGUCCGUCCUGUUUCGGAUCCGGGGGAAGUCAAGCUCAAUAGCUCUGAUCCUCUCGAGCAAGCCAACAUCAAUCUUAAUUACUUCAAUAACGAUCUGGAUAUCAUUGCAAUCCGCGAAGGUAUCAGAUACAGCUAUGACGUCUUAAAGAAUGGCGAAGGCUUUAAAGAUAUAAUUGUUGAUGAAUACCCAUGGGAGAUGCCAUUGGAUGACGAGUCUCUAAUGAAGAGGACGGUGCUGGAUCGAUCGCAGACUUCGUUCCAUCCUUGCGGUACCACUCGUCUCUCCAAGAACAUCGAUCAGGGCGUUGUGGAUCCUUCCCUCAAGGUACACGGCAUCAAAAACCUGCGUGUGGCAGAUGCGUCGGUGAUUCCCGUGAUUCCAGAUUGCCGUAUCCAAAACUCGGUCUACAUGGUGGCUGAGAAGGGUGCUGACUUGAUCAAGCACGAUCACAAAGAUCUGUUUGCUCACUAA